CUAAUCUUUUUACUACUUAAAUUAAAACAUAUUUUUUUAAAGGCUAAUUCAUAUAAAUUACAAAUUAAUGUGACCUCUUUAAACUUGACUGGCCAAAAUUAAUGAGUUUAUUUAUAUUGUGUUGGUACUGUUGGACACAGUAAAAACGGUGCUGGAGUCAAUACCUCAGACUUUAGUUUCUUUUGCCACCCUCUUACCCUGACUGACCAUCCAUACUUUUCAAAUCAUAAAAUCUAUCUAGGUGACCCACUAGAUUUUGCAAUGACCUAUGCCUUAGUUAGAUAAAACUUUUAACCACCAACAUACCGACUUAUUUAUCGAUAAAAUGAAUGCUAAAACGAAUAGCUUGACUGAGCUAUUUAGGCCCAACAAUCCCAAGCGUUUAAGGUCUCGGGAACUCAGCAACACCAGACUCAACUUGCUGAAGAAGGAAAUACAAACUACGGACCAUUUAAUACCCUUGAAGGAAUUAUACGAGCAUUUGGGUACCGACCCCAGUACGGGACUAUCAAGUGCUAGGGCAGCCCAGCUGUUACAUUUCUAUGGCCCUAACACGCUGACGCCAUCAACCAACUAUGGAAUAUUGACACAGCUCUUCAAAUCUUUAUGCACAGGUUUCUCCAUUCUAAUCUGGGUCGGUGCGGCUCUGUGCCUAAUCGCCUACCUCAUAGAGGUGAUGAACAAGCCCAACCCCUCCCGAGACAACCUGUACCUGGGCUGCGUGCUCGUGGCCGUUGACCUCGUCUGCGGCUUGUUCAGCUUCGUACAGAACUACAGGAGCACCAGGAUAAUGAAGACAUUCAACAACAUGCUGCCCUCCUACGCUCACUGCGUCCGUGACGGGGUCCUGCGCGAGCGAGCCACGCACGAGGUCGUGAAGGGAGACGUGGUGAGGGUGCAAGCCGGGGAUAUCGUGCCGGCGGAUAUUAGGGUCAUUGAUAGCAAGGGGUUUAAGGUGGACAACUCUUCGCUGACAGGGGAGAGCAUAGCAGUGCCACGUAGCAACUCAGAGGGCAAUCCUAACAUACUGGAAUCAACCAAUGUGGCUUUUUUCUCGACUCAGUGUGUUGAAGGUUGGGCUUUGGGGGUGGUAAUCUGCACGGGCGACCUCACAGCGCUGGGCCGCGUGGCGGGGCUAGCGGCACGCAUCAAGCCGCAACCCUCGCCGCUCACGCUCCAUAUCCACCACUUCAUGAAGUGCGUGUCCGUGUGGGCCCUCAGCCUUGGGGUGUUUGUUGCGGUCGCGUCCUACUGUUUGGGGUACCCGCUGAUGCAAAUCACCGUGAUUGUCAUUGGCAUCAUCGUGGCUAAUAUACCUGAAGGCCUGCAACCAACCGUGACGGCAGCCCUCACCGUGACAGCUAAACACAUGAUGAAGCGCAAUUGUGUGGUCAAGAACCUGGACGCCAUCGAGGCGCUGGGCGCGUGCACUGCCAUCUGUUCGGACAAGACUGGGACAUUGACGGAGAACAAGAUGUGCGUGUGGGACGUGUGGGUUUGGAACACCCUGUGCGGGGUUGAGACUUCCUUGGAUAAACUAAAGGGAAGUGCAGCAUUCGACUCCCUGAAACGUUGUGGCGCGCUGUGCAGCACGGCGUCAGUGGGACCAGCGGGAGAGGUGCACGGGGACGCGUCCGAGACCGCCAUCUUGGAAUUCCUCUUCCACGCAGAUGAUCCCACAGCGCGCCGAUUGGCCUUCCCGAAUGUUGCCGAGAUACCGUUCAACUCGGUUAAUAAGUAUCAGGUGUCAGUCCAUUUAGACACAAAAUCUUCAAGUUACAUUGUGAUGAUGAAGGGGGCACCUGAAAAUAUAAUAAGCCGUUGCUCUACCAUCGCCAUGAAAAAUGGAGAAUCUAAUUUCACAGACGCAAUGAAGAAAGUAGCAGAAGAGGCUACUGAAUCACUUGCAAAUACCGGUGAAAGAGUUUUGGCAUUCGCUGACUUGGCGCUAGACACAAAGGAUUUCCCCAUGGGAUUUGAAUUUGAUACAGAAAAAGAAAAUUUCCCGCUAUCAAACCUACGCUUUCUCGGUCUUGUGGGGCUGAUGGAUCCACCACGGCGAGAGGUCCGCUCGGCCAUCGCGGUGGUGCGCGCAGCAGGAGUGCGCGUGCUGAUGGUGACGGGCGACCACCCGGGCACGGCGCGCGCCGUGGCGCGGCACGUGGGCAUCGCCACCACGCCCCGCGCUCGCGUCGUCACCGGCGCGGAGCUGAGAGAUAUGACGGCGGGGAUGUUGGAGGGUACGCUGAGAGAGUAUCCGGAGAUUGUGUUCGCGCGAACGUCUCCAACGCAGAAGCUCCAGAUAGUGGAGGCGUGCCAGCGGCUCGGCGGCAUCGUGGCGGUCACGGGCGACGGGGUGAACGACGCGCCGGCCCUGAGGAGAGCCAACAUCGGCAUCUCUAUGGGGAUCACUGGCUCACAGGUAUCGAAGCAAACGGCAGACAUCAUUUUGAUGGACGACAAUUUCGCAACAAUCGUUGUUGGAAUAGAGGAAGGAAGGAAGAUCUAUGAUAACCUGAAGAAAUCCGUCUGCUACAUUCUUAUAUCGAACGUUCCAGAAAUAUUCCCCGUGUUUCUGUUCAUAUUGUGUGCUAUUCCGCUGCCGUUAGGAGCAAUGACGAUCCUGUGCGUAGACCUGGGCACGGACAUGUGGCCGGCCGUGGCACUCUCCUACGAGGCGGCUGAGAGCGACGCCAUGGCGCGCCCCCCCCGCUCCGCCGCACACCUCGUCUCUGGUCGUAUGCUGUUCCUGGCUUAUGGCCUCCUUGGACUGGUGGAGGUGGCCGCCGGCAUGUUCGCCUACUUUGUGGUGAUGGCCGAGUUCGGGUUUUAUCCGCAAGACCUUUUUGGCAUAAGAGACCGUUGGGACAACCCAGCCGUCACCGACGUGCAAGACUCUCUCGGCCAGGAGUGGACCUACGCCGAGCGCAAGGAGGUGGAGCGCGCGUCGCAAGCCGCCUACUUCGUGGCCAUAGUGCUGACUCAGAUGAUGAACGGAGUCGUCUGCCGGACUCGGUACAACUCUGUGUUCCGGAUUGGAAUGAAGAAUCAUGUUUUGAAUGUGGGGUUGGUGUUCGAACUGUGCUUGGCGAUAUGUAUUUGUUACAUCCCCGGCGUUAACACAUUCUUCAAUGCAUAUCCCUUAUAUUUUAGAUGGUGGUUCCUAUCGCUACCAUUUUCAGUGUUCUUAUUGACAUUCGAUGAAUUGAGAAAGUACUGCAUAAGAAACAACAAGCUCGGGGGAAUUUGCAAUGAGACCACUUACUACUAAAGCUGCGUACAGACCGGCCCAACGAACGGCCAACGAUGGAUAUUUAUCAUACAUAAUACAGGGCAGAUUGCAGCAACGAAGGUCUACGAAACCCGUUCGUUUGGCCGGUCUGUACCCAGCUUAAUAGAGGCCUAGACUUGGUAUAAGUUAUAACUACAAGGAAUAAAACUAUGAGAUGGUAAUAAAACGAAUAAGUAUA